AUGGACCUCGAUGCCGUUCAAGAUGUCAAAGGUGCCCUCCGAAACGACUUCUUCCACGGAUACGCCACGGCGGCGGCGCAGAUUGAAGGCGCCUGGAACAAAGAUGGCAAAGGCCAAUCAAUCUGGGACACUUUCAGCCACACCCCUGGAAAGGUCAUGGAUGGAAGUACAUCCGACGACACGGUGCGAUCCUAUGAUCUGUACAAAGAGGACGUGGCUCUGAUGAAAUCGUACGGCGUCAAUGCCUAUCGAUUUUCACUGUCGUGGUCGAGAAUCAUUCCCCUUGGUGGGAAAGACGAUCCCACCAACGAGAAGGGCAUCCAGUUCUACUCUGAUCUGAUCGACGAGCUCCUCAAACAUGGCAUCACCCCGUUUGUCACCCUGUUCCAUUGGGAUACGCCGCAGGCGCUGGAGGACCGGUAUGGCGGCAUGCUGGACCAGGAGAAAUUUAUUCCGGACUUUGUGAACUACGCACGCCUCUGCUUCGAGCGCCUCGGAUCGAGAGUGAAGCACUGGAUCACCUUCAAUGAGCCGGGCGUUUACACCCUGGCAGGUUAUGCGGCCGGCGUGCAUGCGCCUGCUCGCUCGUCCUUCCGCGACCGCAACGCAGAGGGCGACUCGUCCACCGAGCCGUUCAUUGUCGCUCAUACCGAGCUCGUAACGCACGGCCACGUCUCGCGCCUCUACAAACAGGAGUUCCAGCCCGAGCAGAAGGGAACCAUCGGCAUCACGCUUCACGGCAACUGGUCCGAGCCAUGGGAUGCAGAAGACCCGCUGGAUCAAGAAGCGGCCGAGCGCGCCCGCGAGUUCGAGAUCGCUUGGUUCGCCGAUCCUCUCUACAAGACAGGCGAUUACCCUGCCUCCAUGCGCACGCAGCUAGGGGACCGUCUUCCCAGGUUCACGGCAGAAGAAUCCAAGCUCGUGCUCGGCAGCUCUGAGUUCUAUGGCAUGAACACGUACACGUCCUUCUUUGUCAAGCACAAAACCACCCCUGCAGAUAUCAACGACCACAAGGGCAACGUCGAGAUCCUUGACGAGAACAAACAGGGCGUUCCGCGCGGCGAAGAGUCCGAUACCGAGUGGCUGCGAUCGUCGCCUUGGGGAUUCCGAAAACUCCUCAACUGGAUCUAUUCGCGAUACCAGAUGCCAAUCUACCUCACUGAGAACGGUACCACAGCGAAGGGAGAGGUUGCGCCCACCCCGGCGGUCCUGAACGAUGAGUUCCGGAUCCGGUUCUUCGAGGGAUAUGUUGGCGAAAUGGCGCGUGCAGUCAAGAAUGAUGGUGUCGAUAUCCGAUCAUACUUUGCCUGGACAUUUACCGAUAACUGGGAAUGGGCUGCUGGCUUUAGCGAUCGGUUUGGAAGCACGUUUAUUGAUUUCGAUUCCCCUGAGAAGACUCGUCAUCCGAAACAGUCAGCAUAUUAUCUUGACAAGCUCUUCAAUCAUCUGAUUGCGAAGACCUGA